AUGGCCAUGGGUGCAGCCCACUAUGUCGUAUGCACCUCUGACCGCAAGCUCUACACCUGUUGUGUGGACGGCUGCACCGGGACCGGCGAGAACAGCGAGGACCUGACAGAGACCACCGACGAGGCUGGUCGCAACGUGCUUGAUAGCCAUGGCAACGUCAUGACGCCCAUCCCCGUCCCCUUCUUCAAAAAUCAGAUUGUGACCGAGGUUGCCUGCGGUGACCGACAUGUCAUGGCGCGUCUGGAGAACCAACUCUACGCGUGGGGCUGUGGCGAGUACGGCCGCUUGGGCUUGGGUGACGAAGAUGACCGGUUCGAGCCCACGCUGGUUCCUCUCCAUGGUGACAUAACCAUUGCACGUUUGGCCUGCGGGCCAGAAGCCACUAUCCUGGUCACCGACACAGGGUAUCUACUGGCGGCCGGGCACAAUGUCAGCAAUCGCUUUGGCCUCAACGCGCCCAUUACCGUCAUUUCAAAGUUGCGAAAAACCCACGGUGCCACCGAAUCGGGGGAAACCGCGGGCUCGAUGACAAGCCUCUCGUUGCGCUGUCAAGAUGAUCGCCGCCUGACCAAAGCGCCGCCCUCUGUGUUUCUGCAGGUGGCCAUUGGCAAUGAGCACAUUGCCAUGGUCGAUCGCCAGGGCCGGAUUGUGACUUGUGGCAGCAAUCUGUACGGCCAGCUUGGCACGCCUGACAAGCGGGCACAUGGGGAUGGUCCUCGGCUUGUGCGUCAUCUACUUCACACAAAGGUACGUCCAGCCCGUGACGCUCGUCGGAAGUCGCUGGAACAGAUGCGCUUUUGCGUCUGCACGAUUGAUGCACACAACGUGGUGACCGUGGCAGCGCAUGGCUCGUCAUCCAUGGUGCUUGCACGACAAGUCGUCUCGCAAGUUGAGAUGCGACACUCGUCUCUCUCUUCCUCGCUGUCACAAUCGGUCUUCAACAUGAGCCUUGAAAGCCACAAUUCGUUUUUCGGGGACGACGAGGAGAGUCUUGGCGGGGAAGAGUCAGAGGCCGAGCCCGAGCUCGUGGAGGCCAGUCCUCGUCCAACGGAGACCACGAAUACUGAGCCGCAGACUGCCAAUGCCUCAGACACUGAGACGUCAAGCUGGGAUCAUAGUGGGGCAAUUCCAGCCUGGCUGGCCCAAGAACUCGCGCGCGAACGCCGGGACAGUGCUGCUAUGGACCGUUCACGCGAAAGCGACGUCCAAGCGAUGGUCAAGCACGUGGUGCUGACCCGGCAAGAGUCUGAUCCCUUUCCCAUGAUGCCAGCUCAAGCGCCGCGCAAGGCUGCCACCGAUGCCCAUGGUAUCCCAGGCUCCUACCCGGACAGCGACAGUGACAGUGAUGGCGACGAAAGCCUGCCUGACUGGCUACGUAACGAGAUGGAUUGCGAGUAUAUUCCAUCGGAUCGUUUGGCCCAGCGCAAACACUCCAGCUCCAGCACAUCGUCAUUGAGUGUGCCUACGCGCCGACCAACCGAGGUGCUCAACGCCACAAUGCCACUCAGCAUGCACCAUGAUUCUACAUCAGCCCACGACCCACAGCCCAGCCCACUGUCGGCCCCAGCUCCGAUGCCAACCGCGAGCGCCGGAGGAGCUGCACUUGCCGAUCUCAUGGGACCCGAACCCAAGCUGGGCGGUCUCGAGAGCCUGAGUUGCAUCGUCAGCGUAUCGCAGAGCGAUGGCUGCCGGUUUCCAACGAAGCGGUCCGACCCAGACAUGAACAUGGCCUACAUUUCGCAGCCAAAGCUUCAGGAGCUCAUCAUGAGACAAGGCGUGAGCAUGGCGGCCAUGAUGGCGUCUACACCCGUGUGCUGCCCCUCACGCAGUGGCAUCCAGACUGGACGCUACAUCCACAAUGUGCCGGCUAAAAACAACAGCAUUGCUGGCAACUGCUCGGGCCCACUAUGGCGCGAAAAUGCCGAGAAAAAAAACUUUGCAACCUACCUUCACGCAGCAGGGUUGGUGCCCCCUUGGUCCAUGGGCUUUGAACCUGCUCACGAUAUCGGACGCUUGGUGACUUUCUUGAACUGGACGAUGCAUUGCGUUCCAUUCAUAGAUACAAGACGCAUUACAGUGGCAAGUAUCUCAACACCUAUGGUACUGACGCCGAUGGCGGCGUCAGCCUUUUUCCCCCCGGCUGGACUGACUGGCAGGGCCUCGUCGGCAACUCGUACGUCGUCUUUCUUCCCUGAGAUGCUGCCAUCCGCCUUUCUUCUCCACUCACAAGCCAUGCUCGGACAUUGGGAUAGAAUUUACUAUCACUACACCAUCUCCAACAACGGUCAAGCAGAGAAGCACGGUGACGACCCCGAGGCCGAUUACCUGCCCAAGGUGCUGCAGCGCAAGGCCAUGGCGUUUUUGGAAAAUGUCACCUCCAGCGACGAUAAUGCACCAUUCUUCAUGAUGGUGGCCACCCCAUCCUGCCACGAUCCGACUGAACCAGCCGCCGAAUAUGCGGGCCUGAUGGUCAAUGCCACAGCUCCUCGCACGCCCAAUUACGGUGGUUUUGCCAGCGACAAGCAUUGGUAUGCGGCUCAACAAAACUGCGCCGCUGGUCACUGCGAUGGCUACACCAAGCAACAGGAGGCUUACAAUGAUCUGCAAUACCGUCGCCGUGCCCUCACCUUGAUGUCGGUUGACGAUAUUGUGGGUAACAUCACCUUUUAUCUUGAAAGCAAGCGCUUGCUCGACAACACGUACAUUUUCUACAGCUCGGACCACGGCUAUCAUUUGGGCCAAUUUGCGUUGAUGAAGGACAAGCGCAAUCCUUAUGAGUCGGAUAUUCGCAUUCCAGGUCUGGCGCGCGGCCCUGGCAUUGCCCCAGGCACCAUCCUCAACGAUCCUGUGACGUUGGUGGACUUUGCGCCAACUUUCCUGGACAUUGCGGGCAUUCCCAUUCCCGACACUAUGGAUGGCAUCUCCAUGCUGCCGGGUCUACAUGCUGCUGGUCAGCAAGGCCGGGAGCCUCUCCGCGUCGACUUUUUGGUUGAGUAUCAUGGUGAAGGCAUCAGCGCGACAGCCGAAACCAACGUCUCGCAAUGCAAGGUGGCUGAUAUGUUCUGCUCCAACGCAGACACACAUUGUGCAGCAAACAUGGACAGCACAUAUUUGUGGGCUGCCGCCGGGCUGGCUGCGGUCGGCUUGGCUGCCAGCAAGCUGAAGAAAACGUCCAAAGACCCCGCAUUCAAGACGGGUGGUCAUGGAUCGCUGGGCUCCAACGUCGUUGAGGCACUCUUGGCCCGGGGUGAGACGCACAUUACCGUCGUCGACAUCCAGGAUUCCUCGCUCUUUGAGGCUGAGCGCGCCGACGGCCGGGUGACUUUCCGUCAAUGCAACCUGUGCAAGCCCAGCGAAGUGCACGAGGCGCUGCAGGGUGCAGAUGUCGUGAUUCACACCGCCGCAGCCGUCAACUAUUGGUCUCGCUUUGAUUUUGAAUAUGACGCCAUCAAGGCCAUCAACUAUGACGCUGCCUGCUCGGUCAUUGAUGCCUGCCUCCAGCAUGAUGUCCGUGUCCUGGUGCACAUCUCCUCGACCUCCGUCGUGGUGACGCCAGAGACUUUGAAAGCCGGCACGCUGUGCAAUCUCGAUGAGGACAACACUGAGGCUGUUACCAAGGGGCCCUUUGUCUGCCACUACGUUAAGACAAAGGCCAUGGCUGAGCGCGCGGUGCUGGAAGCCAAUGGUACUGGACGCUUGCACACCGUCGCCGUUCGCCCAGGGGGUAUUUAUGGGCCCCACGAUCGACUCUUUUUGGGCACUAUCUACACCAACCAGCCUGGUUUGUCGCCCAGUGACAACGAGGUGACUGCUCAUACGUACUCGGAGAACAUUGCCCAUGCCUGUCUGUUGGCCAGUGACGCCAUUCUUCAGUCACCGGCCGCCCGCUGUGCUGGAAAGGCCUACUUUGUGACUGAUGAGCCCAAUGCUGGCGACGAGCCGAUGAAGACUGGGCCAUUCUACAAUCGCCUUUAUGCGAUGAUGGGCCACAAGCGUGAGAUUGUGCCAGAUUUUGUGCGCAACACCCUGCCGGGCCUGGUUGACAACUUGAUUUGGCUCACAAAGGGGGCUGUUGGUCCUCACCUGGGUGACUUGGCCAAACUGCGGACUUCGGUGGUGCUUCUGGCCUCGAACAAUUUUUACUUUCGGGAUGACAAGGCACGCCGCGACUUUGGAUACAAGCCGCGAUACACGCAGAGCCAGGCCAUGGAGCGAACCACGGCCUUUUGGCGCAAGGAGCUGCAAGCCAGCGGCUUCCCCGUACGCGACCCAUUGCCGCUCGAGUGA